GAGAGGGAGAGUGAGGGUGAGGGAGUAAGAGAGGAGAGAGGGAGAGAGAGGCAGAGGGAGACUGGCGGGGUGUGAGGGAGAACACCAUGGCUUCAGAUCCGGGGCUGGCUGCGAUGCUGCUAUGGACUAUAUCACUACAGGCUGUGGGCACCUCGGGAAGUAACAGCAAUGAAGUGAAUCUACUGGACACGACUACAAUCUCAGGAGACUGGGGCUGGCUAACAUAUCCAUCACAUGGGUGGGAUGCCAUUAAUGAGAUGGACGAGUACUUCAGUCCUAUCCACACAUACCAGGUCUGUAACGUGAUGAGCCCGAGCCAGAACAAUUGGCUGGUGACAGGCUGGAUCCCUCGGGAAGGAGCCAGGAGGAUCUACAUCGAGGUCAAGUUCACCCUGAGAGACUGUAACAGCAUGCCUGGAGUACUGGGCACCUGCAAGGAAACUUUCAACCUGUACUACUACGAGUCUGACAGAGCGGUGGGCUCAGCCAUACGGGAGAACCAGUUCAUUAAGAUUGACACCAUCGCUGCUGACGAGAGCUUCACAGGGGUGGACCUGGGAGUCAGACGACUCAAACUCAACACAGAGGUGCGCGGUGUGGGCCCUCUCAAUAGGCGGGGCUUUUACCUGGCCUUCCAGGACAUCGGCGCCUGCAUUGCCCUCACCUCGGUGAGGGUGUACUACAAACGCUGUGUGGGCGUGAACCGUAACCUGGCUGUGUUCACUGACGUGGUCACGGGGGCUGACUCAUCAUCUCUGGUAGAGGUCAGAGGUCAGUGUGUGGAUCACGCUGAGGAGAGGGACACACCCAAAAUGUACUGCAGUGCAGAGGGGGAAUGGCUGGUGCCCAUCGGGAGGUGCGUGUGCUCGGCUGGAUUUGAGGAGCACAGGGACUCCUGCAUAGCCUGUGAGGUGGGUUUCUAUAAGCCGGUGGCAGGCGAUGGUCUGUGUGGUAAAUGUCCUCAACACAGCCACUCAGAGACCAGAGCCGCCCUCUCCUGCCCCUGUGACACCAACUACUAUCGGGCAGCAGAUGACACACCGGCAGCUCCAUGCUCCCGCCCUCCAUCUGCUCCAGUAAGCGUCAUCUCCUCAGUCAAUGGGACCUCCGUGAAUUUAGAGUGGGACCGUCCUCUGGAUACAGGGGGUCGCAGCGACUUGCAGUACAGCGUGUUGUGUAUGAAGUGCUCAGGAGAAGGAGGGCCCUGUGAGGACUGUUCAUCCUCCCCUGGAGGCAUCACUGGUGGAGGGAAGGCAGGUGGAGGGGCAAGUGUUGGGGCAGGGGGAGGAGGGAUGGUGGAGCGUUCGGGCACGGCUGCGGUCCGAUUCGUUCCUCGCCAGACCGGGCUGAAGGAGUCUUGGGUGACAGUGCUCAACCUGGUGGCCCACACCAACUACUCCUUCCGCAUCCUGGCCAUGAAUGCAGUGUCACACCUAACCAAUGAGCCAACACCUUACGCCGUGGUCAACAUCACAACGAACCAGGCAGCCCCCUCUGAAGUGUUAGCGAUCCGGCAGGAGAACACCAGUCAGAACAGCGUGACUCUGCUGUGGCACGAACCCGAUCAGCCCAACGGAGUUAUCCUCGAGUACGACAUCAAAUAUUAUGAGAAGGAUAAUGAAGAGCACAGUUACUCCACUCUGAAGUCCAAAAACACCAGCGCCCGAGUGUCAGGGCUGAAGCCAGGUACCAAGUAUAUCUUCCAGGUCCGAGCCAGAACCUCAGCAGGCUGCGGACGCUUCAGCCAGAACAUAGAGAUCCAGACUGGGAAAGCAGUUCCUUUGCGUUACAACACCAUGACCAUCAUCUGGAUCUGCAUGGCCCUGGUGUCUGGUCUGGUCACCUUUCUGGCCAUCAUCAUCUGCAGGAAACGGCAAGGCUACACUUUACCACACUACCCAUCUCUGCUACACUGUGGCUAUAGCAAAGCCUUCCAGGACUCCGACGAGGAGAAGAUGCAUUACCAGAAUGGUCACGUGUCAUUCCCCGAUGCGAGGUUCUAUAUCGACCCACACACGUACGAGGACCCCUGCCAGGCGGUCCACGAGUUUGCCAGAGAAAUUGAAGCUUCCAGGAUCAAAAUAGAGAAAAUCAUUGGUUCAGGGGAGUUUGGGGAGGUUUGCUACGGACGUAUGAGGCUCCCGGGAAAACGAGACAUCCCAGUGGCUCUAAAGACCCUGAAGGCAGGAUACACAGAAAAGCAGAAGAGAGACUUCCUGGCCGAGGCUUCAAUAAUGGCCCAGUUCGACCACCCCAAUGUCAUCCGUUUAGAGGGGGUAGUAACUCACAGCAAACCAGUGAUGAUCAUCACAGAGUACAUGGAGAAUGGUUCUCUGGACUCCUUCCUCCGGAGACACGAUGGCCAGUUUACCAUUAUCCAGCUGGUUGGCUUGCUGCGUGGCAUCGCAGCCGGCAUGACCUACCUGUCUGACCUGGGCUACAUCCACCGCGACCUGGCCGCGUGCAACGUCCUGGUCAACAGCAACCUGGUGUGUAAGGUGUCUGACUUUGGGCUAUCCAGAGUACUCGAGGAUGACCCAGACGCUGCAUACACCACCAGUGUGAGUUUUCACAUUGAGGGUGGAAAAAUCCCAAUCCGGUGGACAGCUCCAGAGGCCAUCGCAUACAGGAAAUUCUCCUCCUCCAGUGAUGUGUGGAGUUAUGGCGUGGUCAUGUGGGAGGUGAUGUCCUAUGGAGAGCGACCAUACUGGAAUCUCACUAACAGAGAUGUGAUCAAAUCUGUUGAGGAGGGCUACAGGCUGCCUGCUCCUAUGGGCUGUCCUGCUGCUCUACACACACUCAUGCUGGAUUGCUGGCAGAAGGAUCGCAACGAGAGGCCCCGUUUUUGCCAGAUAGUCACCGUUCUUGACAAGCUAAUCCGCAACCCAGAGAACCUGAAAUCUAUGGACACACUCUGCAGUUUAAACAGUCCUACACUGAUGGAGAGAGCUAUCCCUGACUUCAGCAGCUGUAACUCAGUAGACGAGUGGCUGGACACCAUAAAGAUGAGCCGCUACAAGGAACACUUUGCAGCUGGGGGGUACCACACUCUGGGUCACGUCAUAAGCAUGAACCAAGGGGAUAUCCAGAGGCUCGGGGUGACAUUAAUGGGCCAUCAGAAGAAGAUCAUGACCAGCGUCCAGCUGAUGAGGGCGCAAGUCCUCAACAAGAGUGUGCCGUCGGUGCACGUAUAAUUCCAAUGCCGUGGUUUCUCUGCUAAAAUCUGGAAACCCAGGCUUCUAAAAGGUCACGAGGGACUCCACUGGAAAUAAAAGGAUCAGAAAACUGGGAGAUGUUGGGAACUUUCCAAGACUUUUCUUCAAGAGAUGAAAGAACAAAAUGUGAAAAGUUUUACUGACAGAACAAGUAAAUAAUGACUUCUUUGGGAAAAGUCCAACCUUUUAUUUUGUUUUUUUUCCCAACCCAAUUAAAUUUUCUGAGUUUAAAUGUCUUGUUUGUAAAUGAAAAGACUGCCUUAAUUAGCACAAAUGAUUUUAUUGUAUUCUACAAAGAGAAAAUAAUUUAUCAAUCAUGAAUUUACCAGAGAAAUAUGAUUUGCGGAACCAGGCAAUAGCAAGAGUGGAUGGAGUGAUGUAGUAAGUGGGGGUGGGGGGUUUAAAUGUUUCGAUGGCGCUUGAGAAGCUUGAAAAGAAUGAGGUCCACAAUGAAGCUCGAGCCGGGACAAAAAAAAAGUUGAGCAAAGUGAAAUAGGGCUCACCCGAGUUGCCAGAUCGCCUCCGCAGUGUAGAGGACCUAUUUCACCUCGGGCUAUUAAUACCAACAACAGGCACAUUUCUCCACCGCCCAACCUUGAUGAAUGACCCCAGGAGAGCCCAAGAGCCCUCUGCCCAGUCUGAAGCUGCACGGCGCACAACUAUUGUACUCGGAAGAUGUGUGUGAUUCAGUUACAGUGCACUUUAUUCUACAAUCUCUCUGUGUUGUAGAGGUCUUGCAGUUGUGUCACAGAUCUCUUUGCAGCCACAACUGCAACUAGAUCUUCCUCCAGUCCUUUCAAAAGUUAGCUGUUUUAAAGAAUAAUAAGGAAAUAAUGAAGUAAAACAUUAAUAAACCCAAGAAGUAGAAGAGAAAUCUAACAUUUAUUGGGGUUAUACAGUAAAUACAUUGCUUAUGAGAUUUAUUUCAGUCUUUUCUUCACUGCGUCAGAAAGCAGAAAAGAAAAUAUGUUGAAAUAUUAUGCACUGUUAUUCCAUGUGCAUAAUAUUAAGCAAUGCUGGCCAUUUUUAUGGUGUGGUAAAUGCUAUAAAUCGGAUGUAUUUUAAGUAUAUUUGGGCAUAUUUAUUCCAAGUGCACUGUCAUCUGAAAUUCAUUUCAAAUCAGGUGUAAAUGUGACGCAAGAUGAAUCCGUUUAGUUUGUAAUGACCUUGAGAACAGCAGGUUGAUGAAUUGACCUUACUUCUUAAGUUCACUUGGCAAGAAUGUGAGAUCAAGCUAGUAAGCGUCGAACUGUUUUCAUGCCAAUGGUUUUAAAGUCUGUUUUCAUCUUAUUGUACUUUUCCUACAACAUAUGUUGUAGGAUAUCAAAGCAAAUAUUUCCUGAAACAAAACUAUGUUUUAUUGUUGCUUGAAUGGGUCAGUGUGUCAAAUUUACUGGAGUCUAUAGGCGGAACUGAAAUAGAGGUUUUAAACCUAGGAUUUCAUUAGUGGCCUGUAAGCACAUGUUGUAUAUAAAUGAUACAUGACACUCAUUGGUUUCUGAACAUUUUGAUGCCUCAAAGUUAGCAUUUUGCUGUGUUGCUUUUGGAGCCAGAAAUUAGAACAUUUACAUAAAGGGUUGUGUGGUUAAAUAGAGGUUAAGGGUAUUAGGCUUGGUUAGCGAGUUGCAUUCAGAGAGUCUAUGCUUGCAACCCACAGUAUCUGCUAAUUAGUAGCAGACUAAUAAAAUACUAGAAGUUCCCUCAACAAAACUGGAGUACAAAUUUCUUAGGCAGGAUGUAAACCACAGCAGGCCAUAUUAUUUACCAAAUAAAAUAAAAUGCUACAAAGGGCAUCGACAGCACAAACAUGGCCAAGAAGUCCAGUUCAAUGAAAAAAAUUAGAGGAGGUGAGGAUUUACGAGUGUACUGACAGUACACCUGUAAAUCAAAGUGGCUAUGCCUCUAACAUCAGUAUCCAGAUUAACACAUUAUGACAGGAGAAGCUGUCAUAAAAGCACCAGGCUGUAAAUUUACUUUUAGCUCUCCUAAAGCUGGGAAUUCAACGUUCUUCCUGAGAUAUUAGAGCGAUCCAAUUUUUUCCGACUUCACAGUGACUUCAAAUUUAAUUUCCCAGAGGUUACAACUUUAUAAUACAGCAGUUAUUUUAAAAAACGUGUCAGUUUUAGACCACUUCUUAUUUAUAUAGGUGGAAGGGUUAUCUUUCACAUGGCCUGCCAAGUUACAAGGCCAUGAAUGGAUAAACCUAACUCUGGCUUUUUGCAUUGAAGUGAGGCUUUCACCUGUAGGACAGCAAAGGAGUCAGCUGCAAUGUGCUACCUCACCAUUAAAUCUUACACGGUAAAACUAUUUUAGGCUGCUUCCUUAUUCACGCGUGAUUACCAUAGUGGAGAUUUCCAUGUUUGAUUUGGCAGAGGUUUUAUACCAGAUACACUUUCUGAAAAAAACCCAAAGAGCAUCCUCCCGGGACCAGUGAACUUUUGCUUUUUAGGUAAACAUUUAAACCACUACACUAUAGAGACAUUGUUCCUUUUCAUUUUUAAAAAAUAAAUUUGUUUUUUAUUGCCAGUUCACAGAGCUGUUAAGCUAUGUUUAAUGAAGGAGAGUGCUAAGCAGAUAUUUAUCUGUUAGCAAGAAAAAAAUCUACAAAAUGCAAAAUAAGUUACAUGCAUUUGUGAAAUAAAUGUAGCACAAAUUUAUAUAUUUGCCGAUUUCCGUUUUCACAUAAGAGAACACCUGUUUACUGAAUAUGGGUGUCAGUGUCCCAAAUACUGAGCACCCAAUGUUAGCUAAAUCUAUUCCAUGUUGUUACCACCAUUACACACAACAAAUGUUUGUAGUCCUGAUCAGGUCGAUCUCAAAGUUCCCCAUAAAUGACAAUGAAAAUUACUAAGCAUAUUGUACAUUUUUAUAUUUUGUACUUAAAUAAUCCCUUAACUAGUAUUCCAGUAAUAAGUUACUAUAGCUUGCAAUUGAAAUUAAAUAUUAGGGUGAAAAUUGCAAAUUCUGUAUCUUCUGAAUAAUAUUUUACUGGGUGUGUUACAACUGGAAGCCCUCAUACUAUUUUGGCAGUUCAUGAACAAAAUGCUACAAAGCGUGUUUAGUUCAGUGAAACUUACUCCUGGGAUUGAGCACUGACACUAUUCAGUGCGAUAAAUCUGUAUCCCAGCGUUCUGUCUUUCAAUAAUGGGAUAUAAUACACAUAAGCUACGCAAACUGUAAAAUAAAGUGUUACUUCUGAUCAAAUGUGAUCACACUGUUUACCUCAGUGUUUGAGGGAAAGGUUAAGAAGAACAUGUAAGUAGAAUGUUUAUUUCGAGACACUAUGAAAAAGUACAUAAUCAGUCCUAAUUUAUACCCCCCUCCCCCCGAGCCAUCAGGAGAAUGUCUUUUCUUGUGCACCUUGGUAGGUUUUUCCUCUAGAUGGUUGAUGUCAGUUUUUAUUAGAAGAACCUCAUGAUAUUUCAUGAAUAUGUAUUAUAGUGGCAUUUCACUACUGGUUUAUUUUUCCUUUAGGAUGCUUUUGAAGAUACUGGACUGAAAACCCAUAUUUUAUAAAGUUAGGAUAUGUUUUUGCUAGAUGACUUGAUUUAUAAUGUAUACAGCAAGUUCAGUCACUGGAAGGAAGAAAAAAAUGAUAACAACCGAAUUUAUUCACCUUUCAUUAUUUAUUCAUGCUCAUUUGUUUUCCAAAUAAUACAAAUCAGAGAGGUUUUAUUACAGUCAAUGAAUCAUUCUUGUUGCUAAUGAUAAAUCAUUAAUGUGCAAACUGUCCAUAAAUACACAAUAAAGGAACGUUUGUCUGUGUGUGACUGCAA